GACAACAGCAGCUAGGACAAAGCGAAGCAUCUGGGAAUCCAUUGCGAGUCAAGUCACUGCAAUAUCUGGAAACCACCGGAGCACCAGAAAUUGCUUGAAGCGGUACAGUGAUUGCCGCAGACAGACCAAGAAGAAGAUGGGGAUUCAGCGCCGACAUGAGACAGCUACGGGAGGUGGCCCGGCUCUCAACCUGAAGUGGCUACCCUGGGAGGAUGUUAUUAGAAGGCGCAUGAACCCUGCCAUGGUCGAAGGAGUUCGCGGAGGUGUGGACUCUAGCCGUCCUGCUGGCUUUCCCGAGGAGGAAGAACCGCCCAGAAGACGGAAGAAGGCGGGAGAUAAGCCGUCCAAAAGGAGGUCUGAUGACAGGCCUGCCCAGAGGACAUCACCUGCGCACAGGACAUCGCCAGCGCACGGACCGUCACCUGUGCAGCAGGCAUCAGCAGCAGCGCGCGGACCAUCAACUGCGCCGCAAGCAUCGCGAGCACACAGAUCGUCACCUGUGCGCCACAGUUUGUCAUCGCGCAGUUUGUCACCUGUGCACCAGACGACGUCAGCGCACAGACUAUCACCUGUGCGCCAGACACAGUCGGCGACCACACCACAAGAUGGGCGCCAAACUACAGCUCCUGCGCGCAGGCCAUCACCAGAUCGUCUUCUCUCCAGGAGCUCUGGGACUGUGACUGAAGAGCCUCAAGACACAACCCUUGUGGACCCAUCACCCGAUCUGUUUGAGUCUACAGGGUUAACAGACGAGACUUUUCUUGGGUUUGAGGACAGCCAUGCAGACGUAUCCAGCCAGACCCUUGAAAAGUCUUCCGAAACGAGGACAAGUGGAGCUCCUGGAGCAGCGGCAUCACAGGAUGGAGAAGUGGUGCCACGGACCAGCAGCGGACUAGCUUCGGGGAUUGGUUCCUACUUCAGGCCGGAUCUCCUCCUACAGGAGUCGUCAGAGGAUGACGAGGUGGAAGUGCAGGAGGCUCCAGUUACUACAUCCCUGUGUGAGUAAAUUGAAUUGUGAGCC